AUGGAUGCAGCAGCAACCCCGGUUUAUUUGGAUUAUUAUGAUGCAACAAACACAGCCCCGGAUAACGUGAAGACCCGCUCCCACGUCCAGUACACGUCUGUCAUCCUCCCCAUCUUCUACACAGCUGUGUUCCUGAUUGGAUUCUCGGGGAACCUGGUCCUCAUUGUGGGGCUGCAUCUCAAACGUGGCAGUCGAAGAUUGAUCGACGUCUUUAUCAUCAACCUGGCUGCCUCGGACUUCGUUUUCCUUGUCACACUGCCUCUGUGGGCGGAUAAGGAAGCCUCCCUAGGCCUGUGGAGAACUGGCUCUUUCCUGUGCAAAGGCAGCUCCUAUGUGAUCGCGGUGAACAUGCACUGCAGCGUCUUCCUGCUCACUUGCAUGAGCAUUGACCGCUACCUGGCCAUCAUGUGCCCAGCCACGUCCAGGAAACUGAGAAGGAGAGACUGCGCCUACGGAGUCUGUGCCAGCGUCUGGCUUAUCUCCUGCCUCCUGGGAUUGCCCACCCUUGUGUCCAGGGAGCUCACUCUGAUAGAUGGCAAGCCGUUCUGUGCAGAGAAGAAAGCCACUUCCACGAAACUGAUAGGGUCUCUGCUAGCUUUGAUUUUCACCUUCUUUGUGCCUCUGCUGAGCAUCGUGACCUGCUACUGCUGCAUCACCAGGAAACUGUGUACUCAUUACCAGCAGUCAGGAAAGCACAACAAAAAGCUGAGGAAAUCCAUCAAGAUCAUCUCCAUCGUUGUGGCAGCCUUUCUCUUCUCCUGGCUACCCUUUAAUAUGUUCAAGCUCCUGUCCAUUGUCUCUGGAUUGCAGCGGGAUCUCCAGCUCUCCUCACCCCUGCUGCAGCUGGGCAUGGAGGUGAGUGGACCCUUGGCUUUUGCCAACAGCUGUGUCAACCCUUUCAUUUAUUAUAUCUUUGACAGCUACAUCCGCCGGGCCAUCGCGCACUGCUUGUGCCCCUGCCUGAAGAACCGUGACCUUGGGAGCAGCACCGAGACAUCCGACAGUCACCUCACUAAGGCUCUUUCUAACUUUGUUCAUGCAGAAGAUUUUGUCAGACGGAGGAAGAGGUCUGUGUCACUCUAA